AAGAACGAGUUAUGGAGCCUUUGGGAGCAUAGCAAUAAUCCUCUCUUUUGAGCUUUUCCCUUCUUCCUUCCUCCCUCCCUCCUCCCUCUCUCUCUCUUCGCACUCUUUCUCUCUUUCUUCAUCCCCCCCUGAAAUAGAGGAAACGCAGACACCAGAGCGAGUUGAAUGUGCAUACACAGCCCUCUCCCACUCUCUCUCUUUCUUAGCCAACGCAGUCCUCUCUCUCUCUCUCUCUCUGUAAUUGAAGACUGAAACUUUGUUGCAUCUCUCAGCAUUAUUAUGUGCACUGCAGUACACCCAACAACAUCAGAGACCAUGUGUUUCUUCCUCUCUCAUUUUCUGUGAUCUCCCCCCCCCCCCCGGCGCAAAAAACAAAGCAACCCAGCCCAGCUCCUCCCCUCCCCUCUCGUCCUCUGUUUUGAGCGUUCCUUGUAAUUAAAGGGCCUCGCUUGCUCUGCCCUUUUAGCCUCUUGUGUUUGUCAGAUCUAUUUAGACCCCAUUGCCACCUUUUUUCUCUCCUCUGUUUCUCCUCAUUCACUGUGUCCCCCCCGCCUUUGUUUUAAUCUGUUGCGUUCCAUUUAAGUGGAGGAACCAGCUCAAUGAGCAAAGAGGAGUUCUUGAAGAUCCAGACUUGUGUCCUUAAAGUGAACAUUCACUGUGAUGGAUGUAAGCAGAAAGUGAAGAAAAUCUUGCAGAAAAUUGAUGGAGUGUUUACAACUAAAAUCGACUCGGAGCUCGGCAAGGUGAUGGUGUCCGGUAACGUGGACCCGGCGAUACUCAUCAAGAAGCUUUCCAAAGCAGGCAAACAUGCGGAGUUGUGGGGUGCUCCAAAGGCCAACAACAACCACCAAAACCUCAACAAUCAAUUCAAGAACCUCCAAAUUGACAACCAUGGCAAAGGAGGAGGAAACAACAACAACAAGAAGGGGCAGAACCAAAAGGGUGGUGGUGGUGGUGGCGGUGGCGGUGGCGGUGGGAACAACAACCAGCCUAAAGGUGGGGCCCCCCAGGGCCCAAAUCAACUCCAACAGCUUCAGCAAAUCAAGGGUUUCCAAGAUCUGAAACUCCCUCAAUUCAAGGACCUGAAGCUGCCGUCCAAGGACCAGGGUCACCCCGGCAUCAACAACCAGAAGACCGCCAAGUUCGUGCCCGAGGAGGACUAUGACUUUAGUGAUGAUGAGUUCGAUGACUAUGACGAUGACGACGAUGAGUUCGAUGAUGAGGAUUUUGAUGAUGAGGAUUUUGUUGACAACAUGGGCAAGCCGCUGCCUUCUAACAACAAGAUGAAGCCUCCGAUGGGGAAUGUCCCCGGGCAGGGGGGCAUGCCUAACAUGAUGAUGACGAAUGGCAUGAUGGGUGGGAACCACCAGCAGCUGUUGAAUGCCAUGAAGGCUGCAAAUGCUGCGAGUGCUGCUGCCAAGAAGGGUGGUGGUGGAGGCGGACCGGUGCCAAUUCCAGCAGGCGGCGGCGGAAGCGGAAAUGGGAAUAAUGGAGGGAAAAAGGGCGGUGGCGGUGGCGGUGGAAAUGGGAACAACAAUGGUGGAAAUCAAAAUCAAGGAGGCGGCAAAGGUGGUGGUAAAAAUGGUGGUGGGGGAGGCGGCUUCCCCAAUGGUAAUGGUGGUGCCAUGCCUAAUAACAAAAAUGGCGGCGGCGGCGGCGGCGGCGGCGGCGGCGGCAGUGGUGGUAUGCCAAAUGCCAAUGGUGGCAAGAAGGGUGGUGGAGGUGGUGGCGGAGGUCCAUCGGUGGGAGGUGGUAUGCCCGGGGUGGGAGGCCCGAACGGGAUGAUGAAUGGGAUGGGCGGCAUGGGGGUGCCGAUGUCCCAGAUGGCUGGCAUGCCUGCAGGUCAGAUGGGCAACUUUCAAGCAGUCCAAGGCCUUCCGGCAUCCUCCAUGGGAGGAGGUGGCGGAGGUGAUGGGUACUUCCAGGGGGCAGGCCCCAAUGCCAUGCCCGGGAACCCUUACCACCAGCAACAACAACAGCAGCAACAGCAACAACAGCAGCAGUACUUAGCGGCAGUCAUGAACCAGCAACGGGCGAUGGGGAACGAGCGGUUCCAGCCUCUAAUGUAUGCGCGGCCUCCUCCAGCAGUCAAUUACAUGCCUCCGCACCCAAACCCGAACCCUUACCCGUACCCGUAUCCGUACCCGUAUCCCCCGCAGCACGGGGACCCGUACACCAGCUACUUCAGCGAUGAGAACACAUCAAGUUGCAAUGUGAUGUGAACAAAAAAAAAAAAGAAUGGGAUUAAAAAGAAAAAAAAAGAGAAAUUAGAUAUAGUGAAGAAGAAGAUGUUUAUUAGGGGGGAAAAAGAAAAUAUGGUUUGCUGAGUGUUACAGUUGAAGCACCGGAACUCUCUCUCUCUCUCUUUCUCUCUGAUCUGCUUCUGCUACAUUAUACUUACUUGGAAUGGGCUUUUUCUUUUCCCUUAGUUGAGUUUCUUUUUUUGGUCAUUUUUCUCCCAUCUUUAUCCUCAGUCGAAUUAGGGUUUUAAUAUAUGCCAUAGGGACUCAUUCACCAAAGAUGAAAACCACUUAGGUUGGGGAAGGUGGGUUCUUUUUGUUUUGUUUUGUUUUUUUCCUAAUAAUAAUUAUAGUGUUAAUUAUAAUGUUCAUAUAUAAUGAAGAAAGAGAGGAUGGGCCCAUAUUUUG